AUGGAGCUGGAGAUGGAGGUGGAUAACCCUGAAGUGCCAAAGGAACAGCAAGAGAAAAUGCAAGAGCAACCGCAAGGGGAAGUGUCAAAGGCUGCAGCACCUGAAACAGUAGAAUCAGUUCCUGUUAGUGAGACUGUAUUAUCGACACCACAUGAAGUGGCCAGGCCAAAUGCUAACUGGCAUAUUCACAAAGGGCCCAAUUUUAUCUCAUAUGUGCAUAUUGGAACAGAGGCCAUCCAAAUUGACAGAUAUUUAAAAAUUACAAAGAAUGAAGUUCAAGUAGUUUUGGAGGGGAAAAAAUUGGAUUUUCCUUUGACUCUUACCUCGUUUGAUGAUGUUUCAAGUGCGCUCAAAGAACUGGAGGCCCUUGUUCCUAGUCCAGGGACUGGACAUGAGGGUAGAAGAGACUUCAAGUGCAGCCACUUUCUUCAACCCAUCAACCAAGCUCGAAGUAAUAAGCUGCCGCCAAGGUGUCUUGCCUGUGCCAAUAGAAAGAGAGCAAUUGCCAAAGGUAAGAGAAGAGCAGAAGCAGCUAAAUUUAAGAGACUUCAAUUGGCACAAGUGAAAAGAAAAGAAACAAAGUCACUGAGGCAAAAAGUGAAAUGUCGUGACAAAAAGAUCAAUUCACUAGAGGAAAAGCUAAAAACUUUGCAAGGUUUAUAUGAUGCCUUAGAAAAAGCCCAAGUGAUUGAAUAUGUAUGUACUCUACCAGAGAAAUGGAGGUUUGCUGUGCUGGCCUGCUUUGAGGCAGCUAAAGCGAAGAAACCAUGUGGAAGGCGGUACACAAAUCAAUGGAUUUAUGAAUGUGCCCUUUUAAGAAUAAAAUCACUGGCCUUGUACAAAAAGAUGCUUCGAGAUAAUUUCCUGCCUUUGCCUUCUCUGAGGACCAUACAAAGGUAUAUGAAGAAACUCAAGCCUUCUUAUGGGUUCCAGGAAAAUGUUUUCAAUCUGUUGAAAGAAAAAGCAGAACACAUAGCUCUGGAUGAAAGGCAUGGUAAGUACAUCAAUGAACAUUAUUUAAAGACUUUUGACAAAAAAAAAGUAGAUCUUACCGUUUCAAUUGUGUUUCUCACAGGUAGCUUGCUUGUAGAUGAAAUAACGCUAGCAGAAGGAGUGCAUUAUGACAAAAUUACCCUUAGAGUCAAGGGGCUUGUGUUCUUGGCUCAGUACACGCCUGAGAACCAAAAAGAUGCUCCUGCAGACCAUGCAUUGACUUUUAUGUUCCAGAGCUUCAAGGGUCAAUACUUUCAGUCAAUUGGGGUCUUUUUAACAAAAGGAGCAGCAAAAGGGCCUGAGCUUGCCAAGCUUAUCAUUGAAGCAAUCGGCCUUCUUGAGAACAGUGGAUUUUAUGUGGAUGCAGUUGUUACAGAUGCACACCCCUGUAACAGAAAUAUGUGGACAGAGUUUGGUUUGAGAAAAAAACAUUUUGAAAAGGAAGGACCAUCAAGAAAGAAAAAUGAGAAAAACAAAGAGUUUGAUGAAGAGGAUGAAAAUGAAGAAAAUUUUGACUAUGAACUUCUUGAUAUUGAAAAUUUAAUUCUGGGACAAAAUAAAAAAAAGGCACAGACACAGGAAGACAAACAGCCUAAGAAAAACACACAACCUAAGAAAAAAACUGAUCAAAGAACUCCAGCAGAAGAGUCGGGUAAAUUUGAAACCAGCUGUGAGCAUCCAAUUGAUAAGAACCGGAGGUUGUGGUUUUUUUCAGACUUUCCCCACUUGGUGAAGUCUGUAAAACAAAAAAUUGUUAACGCUGAAGAGAUAGUGACUCCAGAUGGCACUGUAAAACUAAGUCACUGGGCCAUAGUUUGCUGCCAGGAUGAAAAACGAGGGAUUAAAGUUGCUCCCAAAUUGGGCAAGCAACACUUCCAGACAGAGUCAUAUGCAACAAUGAGUGUGAAGAAUGCAUUUUCAUUUUUCAGUGAACAAGUUGCUACGGCCAUGGAGCAUUAUAAAAGCAUUGGGAUCCCAGGAAUGCAGGACUGUGGCCCAUCUGUUGCUUUUAUCAGGAGAAUGAAUGUGCUAAUUGAUGCCAUGAACUCCAACACCAGGCGACAUGGCCUCAAGUGUGAUGAUGAGUUUGGUGAGGAUGAUGAAGACUCACAGCCCCCGGUCUGUCCUGAAUGUCAAAAGACUCACGCUGAAAACACUCCAAGGAGAAGAAAAUCUUCAAGAAAAGUACUGGAAGAUUUUCUAGAGUAUUUAGAGCGUUGGGAGAAAGACCCAAAUUUAAAGAGAGACCAGCGAUUGACUGCCAGUGCUGCGUAUGGACUUCGAGUAUCAUUAACUUCAGCUCUUGAACUAAGCACAUACCUACAUGACAACCUAGGUUUUGAAUAUCUCAUGACAAGAAGGGUCAACCAAGAUGCUCUAGAGGUAAUUUAAACCACUCUGAAGUAUAAUUUUGAGAGACAAUGAAACUUUUA